AUGGGUGGAGUUGAAAGUCAUUUGUAUGAACUGUCUCAACGUCUGAUUCAAAGAGGACAUAAAGUAAUCAUAGUCACACAUGCUUAUGGAAAUAGAAAAGGCGUUCGAUAUCUGACAAAUGGCUUAAAAGUGUAUUAUGUACCAACAAAAGUAAUUUAUUCAGAAGCUACUUUACCCACUAUUUAUGGGUUUUUUCCUCUAUUUAGACAUAUUCUCAUACGCGAAGCAAUCCAAAUUGUGCAUGGACAUGGCGCAUUCUCAUCUUUAUGCCAUGAAGCCAUUUUACAUAACCAUUCUCUGUUUGGAUUUGCAGAUGCGUCUUCUAUUCUUACAAACAAACUCUUAAAGUUCACUUUAAGUGAUGUUGAUCAUGUAAUUUGUGUCUCGCAUACAAGUAAAGAAAAUACGGUACUUCGAGCAGCAUUGUCUCCUAGAAAUGUUUCUGUAAUACCCAAUGCUGUUGUUGCUUCUCAAUUCUUGCCUGAUCCCAGUGCUUCUGACCCUAAUUGGAUCACUAUAGUCGUCAUUAGUCGCCUUGUUUACCGCAAAGGAGUCGAUUUAUUGGUUGCCAUUAUACCUCGUAUUUGUGAAACAUACAAGCACGUCAGGUUUAUCAUAGGUGGUGAUGGUCCUAAACGAAUUGACUUGGAACAAAUGCGCGAAAAGCACUUGCUCCAUGACCGAGUUGAGCUACUGGGCCCUAUCAAACAUCAUGAAGUUCGAAAUGUUUUAAUUCAGGGAAAUAUAUUCCUAAACUGUAGUCUAACUGAGGCUUUUUGUAUUGCUAUUGUUGAGGCUGCAUGCGCAGGGUUAUUUGUGGUCAGCACAAAAGUUGGCGGUGUACCUGAGGUUUUACCAAGCCAUAUGAUCAACUAUGCAAGCCCCGAAGAAGAUGAUCUAGUCAUUGCAAUAUCCAAAGCAAUCCAUAUGUUUCGUUUUGGUCAAAUCGAUCCUAGUAAAUUUAAUGACCAAUUGAAGGACAUGUACAAUUGGUCUAAUGUAGCAGAGCGCACUGAAAAAUUUUUGGAAUGGCUAUUUCCUACUGACACGAUUGAAAGAGCAAGAGAUUUUCCAUACCAGAAAUAUAGAAACUUUUUUCAGCAACAUAAGCAAGAGCAGGUUACUCGCACAAAUGAUAUCAUACAACAAGUUGUUGAAGAAGUAGACGAAGAAGACGAAGAAGAUAUUAAUAGCAUACCAUAA